AUGUCUGGCCGCGGCAAAGGAGGCAAAGUUAAGGGAAAGGCAAAGUCCCGUUCCAACCGGGCAGGAUUGCAGUUCCCGGUCGGUCGUAUCCACCGUCUGCUCAGGAAGGGCAACUACGCCGAGCGAGUUGGUGCUGGCGCUCCAGUCUACGUGAUAACAGAAAGACCAGAAUCAUUCCCCGUCAUCUGCAGUUGGCCAUCCGGUGGUGUGUUGCCAAACAUUCAGGCUGUUCUGUUGCCCAAGAAAACCGAAAAGAAGGCCUAA